GGCGGAUAUGUUUGAAGGCGGCUGAAUGUAAUUGUGCGGCUCACGAUGGCGGCAGGUUUGAGCGAGAAACAACUGGGAUUACGGGUGUUGCAGAGACUGAUGGAUGUGAAAUGCCCAUUUGUGGAAGAAAUCCAAGAGGAUGAUUCAGAUCCAGUUAUUCAGUUACUAUGCACGCCGGGAGAGGACAGACUCCAGAUCUUAGAAUGGUUAUGCAUCAGCUUUGAUCCACGACUCAAAAGAAAAUUUGAAGAGCUACAUUAUCAAUCCAUGCAGGACCAUGGAACAGAACUUGUAAUAAAACAAAUGACCUGGCUUGGGGAUAGCUUGGGAGUGUGCAGUGCAGAGGACUUUGAUCUCUUUAGGGGCCAGGCAAGUCCCUUGAGACAAUUAAUGAUGAUGGAUCAGAUGUUAAAAGGCCUCCAAGAAGUUCAGCACAUUUAUGCAUCAGCCUCAACAGACGUAGAAAGUAUUAGCAAGUGCAUUAAAAAAUCAAAUGACCAGCUGCUGUAUGAUGUCCUGAGUGAUCGCCAAUUUUGCUUGCCAGAAAAUUUGAAAUGUAAUCUCUCCCUUGAUGCACAUAGGCUCCUUAAGAAAGCUGAAGCCAACUUUGAUUCACGAGGAAAAAUGAAAUCCUCGCCACCUUCUUUUGAAUCGCUAGAAAAAUUGUUGACAAAGCUUUCUGAGGAAUUAAAAGAAACAAAUCGACAUCUUGAAGAGAUGAAGAAAACAGUUGCUUUUAAUGGAUCCAUUGAAAGUAAUGAUACCAUCAUCCAAACCUUGAAGCUCACACUUUCAGACUUUCAUCAGCUGAUGACUGUGUUUUCCGUGGCAUAUGACCAUGCACUUGGAGUCAAUUGUAAUAAAGCCUCACCUCAACUUUGCAACUAUGGACCACUAUCUAAAACUGUACAUAACCUGUUAACAGAUUUUACCAAUGAGCUUGCUGGCUUGGCAGAGAUAAAUGUCACAAGCACAAAGUUGGAGGAGAUUGUAAAUGGACUACAGAAAGAUGUCAUAACGUGGGAUAGUGGUGAAAUUGCUACACUGCCAACACAAGUGAAAAAGAUGAAGAGGAAAUAUGCAGGUUUUCUGGAAGCUUUUCAGAACCAUGCCUAAUUAAGUUGUACUUCUGCAGAAUAGUCUUUAAUACUAACUCUUACUGAGCUCCCUCGCCUAUUUUUGAAAAUAAAAAUGCUUUUUUAUGAAAAAUAUUCCAGAUUUUAAAGCUUUCUAAAAAAUUGUAUUGUGCAGUAAUUAGCAAUAAUUAUUAAA